CACCUAGUCGCCGCGCGGCCACUUCCGGCGCUUCCGGGUCGUCGCUUGGGUGGUAGUCCUGAGGCGGGGGCUGGUGACGCGGCCGGCGCCCUCGGGAGGCCGCGGAGGCGGGGCUCUGCCUGCGGCUCCGAGAGCGGCAGGACUCCCUGGGAGAAAUGGAUGUAAGCAUCUCCUGCAGUGAGCGAUUCCUUCUGCUUGCCAGAAUGGUUUGACCUCCAUACUGUCUUAAAUCUAGUAGAUUAGACAGAUACUGUGUUGCCAUAAUUCCCUGGCCCACAUAUAAGUGGGAUGCAGCCAGCUUGGUGUGAAAUUUUUAGACACUUCUCUCUGAAUCCCAGUUACUGAGGAAUUUAGGAAUUGGUCGUCCAUGCAAGACAGCCACACAGCAAAAAUGUUUGCAAAACUAAAGAAGAAAAUUGCCGAAGAGACUGCUGUUGCUCAGAGGCCAGGAGGCGCCACUAGGAUCCCACGGUCUGUGAGCAAGGAGUCAGUGGCUUCUAUGGGAGCUGACUCAGGAGAUGACUUUGCUUCUGAUGGAAGCAGCUCCAGAGAAGAUCUCUCAUCCCAACUUUUGAGAAGAAAUGAACAAAUCCGGAAGUUAGAGGCCAGACUUUCUGACUAUGCUGAGCAGGUCCGAAACUUGCAGAAGAUAAAAGAGAAGCUUGAAAUUGCAUUAGAAAAACACCAGGAUUCUUCCAUGCGGAAAUUUCAAGAGCAGAAUGAGACAUUCCAAGCCAACAGAGCCAAAAUGGCAGAAGGACUGGCUUUGGCAUUAGCCAGGAAGGACCAGGAAUGGUCAGAAAAGAUGGAUCAGCUUGAAAAGGAGAAAAGGUUUCUGACAGCUCAGUUGCAAGAAGUGAAGAACCAGAGUUUGAGUCUUUUCCAAAGGAGAGAUGAAAUCGAUGAAUUAGAGGGGUUCCAGCAGCAAGAACUAAGUAAAGUAAAGCACAUGCUUUUAAAAAAAGAAGAAUGUCUGGGGAAAUUGGAGCAAGAGUUAGAGGCACGAACCAGAGAACUUAAUCGCACUCAGGAUGAGUUGAGGACUUCCAGUCAGAUGUCAUCAGAGUUAAGCCAGAGGCUAGAAGAAUUGCAGAGACACCACUCAGCGCUGGAAGAGCAGAGAGAUCAUGUGACAGCUUCAAAAGCAGGUGCAGAAAAUAAGAUUGUAGCCCUGGAACAAAAGGAACAAGAGCUCCAAGCCUUCAUUCAGCUGCUUUCCAUUGACUUGCAAAAGGCCACUGCUGAAACUCAAGAGAAAGAAAAACUCAUCACACAUUUGCAGGAGAAGGUGGCAUCUUUGGAGAAGAGACUAGAACAGAACUUAUCAGGAGAAGAGCACAUGCAAGAACUCCUGAAAGAGAAAACAGUUGCUGAGCAGAAUUUAGAAGAUAUCAGACAGCAGCUCUUGGCAGCUAGAGGCAACCAGGCCAAGGCUGUUGGUGUCCUGGAGACUCGGGUGAAGGAGUUGGAGCAGAGUCUACAGGCCUCUGAGGAGCAGCUCAGCCAGAGCAGGAACACUGUGGCUGCCCAGGAAGCCCAGAUCCAGAAGCUUAUCACUGCAAACCAGGAGAGAAGCCUUUCACAAGAGCAGGUUCUUGUCAUAGAACAGCAGUUCAGGGAGCACACUCAUGCACUGGAGGCCCAGAUUGCCACCUUGGAACAGACAUGGGUGGCUAACCAGACAGCCUCAGAGCAGGGAAUGCGACAGUUGGAACAAGAAAACAUGGCCCUUAAAGAAAGCAGAAAUGAAUGCGAACGUAAUUUACAGCAGUACCAAUUAGAACUAAAGAAACUAAAGGAUGAGUGGAGCCAAAGAGAAAUUGUGAGCGUGGCCAUGGCUCAAGCCCUGGAGGAGGUUCGGAAACAGAGAGAAGAGUUCCAGCAACAGGCUACUGAACUGACCGCCAUAGUAGAUGAGAAGGAGCGGAGCCUGCGGGAGAAGGACGAGGUACUUCUCCAGAAAGAACAGGAGCUUUGCCAGCUGGAGAAAGGUCAUGAUUCUGCCCUGCUGCAGAUACAUCAGCUACAGUGUGAACUGGAGGCCCUCAAGAGCUGUAAGGCAGAGGAGGCAAUGGCAACCACAAUAGAAGAGGACCUCGUGCAGCUACAGGGCCACAAGCCUCUUGUAAUCUCAAAGGUCAUGCAGGAUCCUGCAUACCAGCUUCCAGCUACAGAAGGAACUCCAAAUGGUGAGGUUGGGGCCAUGGAUCUAGGGCAGCUACAGAAGGAAAAACAGGACUUGGAGCAGCAACUUACAGAGAAAAAUAAGAUCAUAAAGCAGAUGCAGCAGAGGAUGUUGGAACUUAAGAAGACUCUGCAGAAGGAGCUGAAAAUCAGACCCGACAGUGAGCUAUUUGAAGUCCGGGAGAAGCCAGGCCCCGAGACGCCAAACAUGGCCCCUUCUGUCACCAAUAACGCUGACCUUACUGAUGCCCGAGAGAUCAACUUCGAGUACCUUAAACAUGUUGUUUUAAAAUUCAUGUCCUGUCGAGAAUCCGAGGCUUUUCAUCUUAUAAAAGCAGUGUCAGUGUUGCUGAACUUCUCACAAGAGGAAGAGAACAUGCUCAAAGAAACUCUGGAAUAUAAGAUGUCUUGGUUUGGAUCCAAACCAGCUCCCAAGGGCAGCAUCCGGCCGUCUAUCUCCAGCCCUCGGAUACCAUGGUCCUAGAUAGAGAACCUUCCAAAGUUGGAGCUCCAUUGGGUGGCAUUUUUCUGUGAAAAGAACACUGACACAUCAGACUGGGUGGGUUUUUAAUCACUGUAACUGCAGUAUUUUGUACAAGUGUCUAAACAUUGUUUACAAGACUUAAAGCCCACCUUCCUACAGGCUGACAAGAACUUCAGGAGGGAGCCAGUCCUGUCUUACUGAUUACCAAACAGGAGAAAGAAUCCCAGGCACUACCCAGAUUUCCACAGUGCUGCUAAUAUCCCAGCUCUGACCAGCUGCACCUAAGUCCUCUAACUUUUAACGUUAGCACUUAAAACUGAACUGCAGGUAUGUCAGGUGACAACUGAUUGUCAUGCAGAGGUGACAUGACAUUGGAGGUGAAGCUAGACCUUUGACAAAAAGCCAACUCAGGGGUGGUCUUUAACAUCCCCUUCCAUUAGCAUGUCUGGGUUCCAUCCUGAUGUGAGAAGAAACUUUUAAUCCUUCCUCUCAAGAAAACAUCACUUUGUUUCCCAAACUAGAACCUGAGAUGUGUCCAUCUCAUAGGUACCUGGGACCAGUGUGGACUUCUGAGGAAUAUGCAAGUUUGAAGGCAUCUCCGUUGUACUUGAGAACUAGCAAACAGACUAAAAGAUCUUUGAAGUAUAGCACCAAAUACACUCAAUUGCCUUUUUAAUGAAUGUACUGUCUUGGAUGGGUUGCUGGUAAACCAUUUUAAACUAUUUUUUAUAGCAAAAGUUCUUCGCUAUUAUAAACAUGUCUUCUGUAUUAUAAAAUUUAUUUAACUGGUGUUCCUAAAGGAAAAUCAGAACAUCAAGAGGAAAAUAUUUCUAGCAUCCUAUUUCCACUUCCCUUCUCUGGUGCCUGCUCCCCGAAGCAGUGGUUUUACUUGCUUUGCUCCUAAUUCUGUCACUGUAUCACUCACUGAGCAAAUGCAGUCACACUUUCUCUACCUAAGGACAACCUGCGGAACUCAGUGAAGCAGCUUCUGUCCCUUCUUCCCCAGCCUUGACCACGUUUGGAGGCAGUCUGCCUUGUGCAGAGCCAGGCUGGAGCUUCCUCUGCCCGUGUUUAAGCUGACACUACAUUCAUACAUGCCACCCAGACAGCCCCAGCUGGCUGCGGCUCUCAACAGCAUACAUGCCUUGGUUGUAGCUGAUAAAAAACUUGUGUUCAUUUUGACACUUGUUCUGAAUAAGCCACAUCAGAUCUAAAGGGAAACCAUAUGAUUUAGCUUGAUAAAAGUUUCAUUGGUAAAUAAACUGAAUUAAUAACUGGAGUU